GUGUGUUCAUUGUGGCAGCCAAGCGCACUCCCUUUGGGACCUAUGGAGGUUUCCUGAAGGACUUCUCGGCCACCGACCUCACAGAACAUGCAGCCAAGGCUGCGCUGGCUGCGGGCAAGGUUCCUCCUGAGAUCAUCGACAGCGUCGUGGUCGGCAACGUCAUGCAGAGCUCCUCAGAUGCAAUUUACAUCGCAAGACAUGUUGGUUUACGUGUGGGAGUUCCUAUCUCUGUUCCAGCCCUCACUGUCAACAGGCUGUGUGGCUCUGGUUUCCAGUCCAUUGCCAAUGGUUGUCAGGAAAUUUGCCUGAAUGAUGCAGAAGUUGUUCUGUGUGGAGGAGCUGAAAGCAUGAGCCAGGCUCCUUACGCGGUUCGAAAGGUUCGGUUUGGAACCAGAUUAGGAACAGAACUCAAGCUGGAAGACACCCUGUGGGAAGCUCUGACAGAUACACAUGUCAAAAUACCUAUGGCAGUGACUGCUGAAAAUCUGGCUGCAAAAUACAGCAUCUCACGGGAGGACUGCGACAAGUAUGCACUCAAAACCCAACAGAGGUGCAAAGCUGCUGCUGAUGCUGGCUACUUCAAUGCUGAGAUGGCACCCAUUGAAGUGAAAACAAGAAAGGGGAAGGAAACCAUUCAGAAGGAUGAGCACCCAAAGCCCCAGACCACCAUGGAACAGCUGGGAAAACUCCCAACUGUCUUCAAAAAGGAUGGAACAGUCACAGCUGGAAAUGCUUCAGGGGUGUGUGAUGGAGCUGGUGCAGUCAUCAUUGCCAGUGAAUCAGCGCUUAAGAAGCACAGCCUUACUCCUCUGGCAAGAGUUGUAGCCUAUCACUCAUCUGGCUGUGACCCUUCCAUCAUGGGCAUUGGUCCUGUACCUGCAAUUACUGAGGUUCUGAAGAAAGCAGGAUUGACCCUGAAGGACAUGGAUUUGGUAGAGGUGAAUGAGGCAUUUGCACCUCAGUAUUUGGCUGUUGAGAAGGUUCUGGGCCUUGACCCUGAAAAAACCAAUGUCAACGGAGGUGCCAUUGCUAUAGGUCAUCCCUUGGGUGCUUCAGGAUCACGGAUCACAGCUCAUCUGGUUCACGAGCUGAG